AUGGCGGACGAGGAAAACGGAGACCAGCCAAGCCUAGACCUAGCACAGAUCCUCCAGACACUGGCAAAUCUUCCAAGGACGCAAAGUGCGGCCCCGGGCAGUCAACAACAACAACAUCCAUAUCUGAGUCAGGACCAAGGCCAAACGGAGCUUCCUGCGUCGCACCACCCCGCGCAGACCGGCAUACCAUUCGGACAUGAGCAAUACCUGGAUCCGAGGCUGAGCGGUAGACCCGCUCCCCAGAAUCGCCAGCCUCCAGCAAUACAAGACCGGGCUUCGACUCCCACUGUCGACCCCGCCACGAUUACGGAAUGGAAGCAGGGCCUUCGGUGCGUCACCAAGACUGCCACCCAGAACCCUAGCUUCGUCGCUACGGUCCAGAAAUUGAUGAAGGACCAAGAGCGGAAUGUCAAGGACUGGGAAGCUGGACGUCAGCGCCUGCUCGACGACCAAGAGGCCAAGCGGGAGAAUGAGCAGAUGCACAGAGCAUUAUCUCUUCCGGGGCUUCUCGACAACACAACGCCACUCCGGACGCCAGAGCGUGAAAUGGAGGAGCUGGGUGAAUACGAUCAGAAGGUGUACCGGGCUUCCCGACGGAUGGUCGAGUCGCAGUCUGCGCAGUUAAAGAGCUUGGGCGUACCAUUCUUCGGCGUUGAGGAGGGAACGAUCGCAAAGGAGGAACUCCUCGAACUGCAGCGGAAGAUGCUGAAUCACUUGACGGAGAUUGCUUCAGCAUCCUUUCCGCAGGCCAUGGUUGGAUCAGCAAUGGUUGCACGAUCACGCAGUGAAGGCCGGUCACGUCGUGCCAAGACCGCGCUAGCAACGGGCUCAUUUACUCGACGGCCCACCGCUGCUCGAAAGCUUUACCAAAACAUCACACUCUCUACUGCUCCCUUGGCCACCACACUCUCUACACACCUACUCUCACUCUCCUUCAUCACCAUGGCUCUCAAGCGCAUGGUCGCUCUCUUCCUCGCCCUUGCGGCUUUCGCCGCGGGCGAAGACUGCGCUCCGCUGCCUAGCCUCUGCACCGGAGAGGCGACGAUGGCUGGUCAAGUCACGGUCUUGACCUACCUUUGCCCGGACAAGACGAUCCACGUCACGGUCACCAAAACCGUCACGGUCACUCCGACUGUGAUCGAGACCGGUGCUGGUUCUUCCCCCCCAACCGAGCAACCCGCCACGACCACGCUCGUCUCUCCUUCUACCGUCAUCAUCACCAAGACCGUGCAUCAGGCACCUCCGUCCUCCACUGGGCCUCCGCCCUCGCCUACUCCCUCCGGGAGCGCCUCAGAGCACAGCACGAGCUCACAGGUUGCCACGACCACGACGCACGUCACCUCCACGAUUCAGGUCACCAAGACUAUCACCCGCGAGCUGUCUGACUUCCCCACGCUCAGCCUCACCGCGCCUGUCAACGGGACGACCAGCGGAGUCUUCUACACGCCUCCCACGUGGCACAAUUCGUCGUACGCUGCGACGGGCGUCCCCACGGACGAUCCCACCGGCGCAUAUCACGUCCCUGCUCGCGUUCGCGCUGAGAAAGGAGAUGAGGUUGUCAAGGUCUAUUCUACCGUCUACACUGAGCUAGACAAGAAAGAGGAGGCGACGGGCAAGGGAGGUGCUGGGCGCGUUGAGAUGUCGCUCAUGGCAUUGGUGCUCAGCUUCAUGGUCGCUGCAUGGUUCCUCUAGGUCGGUGAAGCACGACAGCUUCUUGGCUUUCCGGGAUGGUUGCACAUAUCAGGCUACCAUUAGCCCACUCAUGUAUUUAUGUUUAUGGCGUUUGGGAUCGGGAACUUGAAUGACGGCGAGACACUGCCUGCUACAUUUAGCUAGGCGAAUCUCCGAGGUCUCGGUAAGAGAUUGGAUAGCCACGUCCAUAAUGAACACACGGCUGCGGAAGUUCCACGCGGACUACUCUCUGAGGCUCUUGACUCUCUAUUGUUGAAGUGAUUCUACACCCAUUGCUCCCCGCAAGUGAUAUUACUUCUUCUGCUCCUCCUGCAGCCUACUCAGCCGGUCAUGCUCCUCAAUAUCGAUCGCCUCCCACGGAUAGCAGAUCCACACAUCGCCCACGGUCUGCGCCGCAAGAUACCUGCCGUCGGCAAUCACCUGCGGCAGGCCGCCCUUCUUCUUCUUGUCCUUGUUGUGCAGCACGAAGAUGUUAAACGUCGUCUUCUCGUCC